AUGCCUGAGAUCGCGUCUCUGGUCGCGACAGCAGGAAUAACCUCCUCUCUGUUCGUUUCUGGAGCCAUCUUUGCGUUCUCCGCUGGCGGCGUCAACACGUCGAAAUUAGCCACAAAGACCUCUCCAGUUUUAGCCGCGCGGCAAUGGCUGAACGUCUUCAAUAGAUGCCAUAAAAUUGGCACGCCCAUGGUUGUCUUCUCGGCAGGGUGUUUUGCGUGGCUGAAGUAUGAGACAAACAACAACAUUUAUCUUGCCGCCGCCGCUUCGUGUAUGGGCAUUGUACCCUACACCAUUCUCCUGCUCAGCGGACCCGAGGAGAUUCUUUUCGCAGCGGCAAAUAUGAAGGAGAAAACAACCUCUACUCCUGCGCCUCGUGAUAUUGAACGGGCUCUUGGUCGAUGGGAGGUUGUCAAUAUGGUUCGCAUUUUGUUUCCUCUUGUCGGCGGUGUGAUGGUCCUAGUUUCCAAGAUGUAG